AUGACUGCCGAAGGAGGGGGAGCCAAGCCCAUCACCCAGUCCAGGAUGGAGAACUUCCGAAAGGUGAGGACCUCAGAGGAGGAGAGCCCCUUGCCCUUCCCCGACCUGCCCCCAGAUGUGGUGGAGAUGAAAGUGAAGGAGGGCAGCAAGAUCAGGAACCUGAUGAACUUCGCCAUGGCCCAGAUGGAGCUGAAGGGCAGCAGGCAGAUCGUCUUCAGUGGUUGCGGCAGGGCUGUCACCAAGACCAUCACCUGCGUGGAGAUCAUGAAGCGCAAGCUGGGAGGUCUUCACCAGGUCACCAAGGUGCGCUACAAAACCUUGCUGGAGGUCUGGGAGAACCAGGACCCGCUGCCUGGCAGCCCGGCACAGAACCUGACCGUCCACAAGAAUGUCCCCUCCAUCUGCAUCCUCCUGUCCCGAGACCCCCUGGAUCCCAACCAGACGGGCUACCAGCCCCCGGAGCCCCGGCAUGGGCUGGGGACGCAACUCAGCGAGGCCGGGGAAGACGCAUCCAGCUCCUCCACCAAGGGGCUGAAGCGGCCCCUGCCACCUCCCCACGAGGAGCUGCUGACCAAGAAGUUGCAGGCACAGGUACCGGACAGUCCAAGGGGCUCAGGGUCCACAGACCACCAGCGGGGGCCCACAACCCACCAGCCAGCCCCCCCCCACUGCCCCCACCACCUCUUGCCCUGA